AUGUCAAACAACGAAAAAUCCAAGUCUGAGCAGACCACAAGCCACGAAGAGGAUGAACCCGAUGACUGGGCUGACCUGCUCUGUUCCGCCCGCAGGGACAAACGCAUCUUCAGCACUGGAUGCGCUGCUGAGCAAUUGAAAAUGAAUGACUGCUACUACGACACCAGGGAUUGGAGGAGUUGUAAGAAGGAGAUGGAGGCGUUUCGCGAGUGCUGGAAACGACAGGGCAAUGACGAGAGGACCGCGACGAAGGAUGCUCAAUAA